ACCACAUUAAUGAAUAUUUUAUAUUUCAAUCCUCAAGAAAAAACACCAUGUGCAAGCACUCCAGCAGCAUUACAGAGUAAGAAUAGUGGGAAAGAGAGCUCACCAAAUACUAGUAUACUUGCUAUCAACUUGCCUUUUUUAUUUAUUGGGAUGCUCUUUUUUUUUUAAAAAAAUUUAUUACACAAAGAUCUUAGCCAGAUCACUGCAGAAAUGUCUGUCUAGUACUAUGCUUUCUUAAUGAUAUCAGUCAAACUUACUCAGAUAUCACAACCCUUCUCAUCAUAUCCAUAUUUAGCCGGAAGAUUUAGUCGGGAUAUACUGAGUACGUUUGGUUGAUAUCGUUCGUGUAAUGCUGCAUCAGUGAGUACCGCAUAUUUCUGCAGCAUUGUUUUGUUUUAGUGUGUAGUUUUUGACUGCAGAAUGAUCACAUUCAUGAAGCUAUGCAGAUUGCUUGUUCUGCUGUGUUUUACUUGUAGUUUCUGUGUAUUGAGAACUCAUCAACAACUGCUAUCUUCACAAAAACAAGUGCUUCUUCAGCUCAGGAAGCAGCUGGAGUAUCCGAAAGAACUGGAGUUUUGGGCCAAUAGUACCACAGAUUUUUGUUACUCAUCAUCUGCUCAAGUGAACAUUACUUGUCAGAACAAUUUUGUAACUGAGAUCAGAAUAGAGGGUGAUAAGUCAGACAAGGCAAGGCAUUUUAAUGGAUUCGCGAUACGAGAUCAGACUCUAUCAGGGAAUUUUUCUAUGGAUUCUCUGGUUGCAACAUUGGCUAGACUGAACAGCUUGAAAGUUCUCAGUCUGGUUUCUUUAGGCAUUUGGGGUCUGCUUCCUGAUAAAAUUCAUCGAUUUUACGCUCUUGAGUACUUGGAUUUGAGUUCCAAUUUCCUCUUUGGUACCAUUCCUUCGACUGUCCCUAGGCUUGUGAUGCUCCAAACAAUUAUUCUAGAUGGGAAUUACUUCAAUGGGACUUUUCCGAAUUGGUCUGGUUCAAAUUUAACCAGCCUGAGCAUGAUCAACAAUGACAUUUCUGGUAAAUUGCCUGAUUUGAGUACUUUAGCGAAUCUUGAAACGAUGAAUUUGAGUAAUAACAAGUUUGAUUCAGAACUUCCAAGGUUGCCAAAGAGUUUAAUUAUGGUUUCAUUGAGCAACAAUUCUUUCUCUGGUGAGAUUCCUAAGCAGUAUAGCCAGCUCCUUCAACUUCAGAAACUUGAUUUGUCACGCAAUUCUAUCCAAGGAACACCUGCUGCCGCCCUUUUUUCUCUACGCAACAUCACCUACUUGAAUUUUGCAUCAAACAUGUUGAGUGGAUCAUUUCCAAGUCACUUGAGCUGCGGGAGUGAGCUUAAUUUUGUUGACAUCUCCAACAACAAAUUGACAGGUCGGUUGCCUUCGUGUUUAGUCUCUGGACCAAACAAGAAAGUUGUCAAGUAUGAAGGGAAUUGCCUAUCGGAUAAUUCAUUGCAUCAACAUCCACAAACUUAUUGCAGAGUCAGCAAAGAUGCUAACCCUGAGAAAAAAAAAUCUGGAAGAAAGAAUAUCGGAAUCCUAGCUGGUGUAAUUGGAGGAAUUUGUGCGGUUCUUGUGCUUCUAGCUUGUUGUUGCGUUUUUCUCUGUCGAAGGUCUAGAGAAACAUCAGAGCAACAUUUAUUGCAAAAACGAGAGGACUCUGUCACAAAGUUCCCUUCAGCAAUCAUAACAAGUGGAAGGUUCAUAUACGAGGCAACGAAACUAGGCACUCAAGGGAUGCCGGUACACAGAGUGUUUACUUCCGAAGAAUUAAAGAAUGCCACAGGCAACUUCAACGUGUCUGCCUUGAUCGGUGAAGGUUGCAAUGGCAAGGUUUACAAAGGAAGAUUGGAGAAUGGUACUAAAGUGGCAAUACGAUGUAUGUCUGUCUCCAAGAAAUAUACAGUCCGAAAUCUUAAGCUCAGAUUGGAUCUGCUUGCAAAGCUUCGCCAUCCACACCUGGCUUGCCUUUUGGGGAACUGCAUCGAUGAUGAAGUUGCACAUGGUUCUGGAGCAAACAAAGUCUAUCUUGUAUAUGAGUUUGUACCCUGUGGCAAUUACCAGGCACAUCUCUCUGAAACUUCAGAAAAGAUGCUCAAAUGGUCAGACAGACUGGCAAUUCUAAUUGGUGUAGCCAAGGCUGUUCACUUUCUGCAUACUGGACUCAUCCCCGGGUUCUUCAGCAAUCGACUGAAAACACAUAAUGUCCUGUUGAAUGAGCACCAAAUGGCGAAGCUGAGUGAUUACGGGCUGUCAAUAGUAACAGACGAAACUGAUAAACCUGAGGUAAAAGAGGAUCCACAAUCGCGAAAGAUGAAGAACCUAGACGAUGAUGUUUACAGCUUUGGAUAUAUAAUACUUGAGUCGAUUGUAGGACCUUCAGUUUCUGCAAAAAAGGAGUCGUUUAUGCUGAAUGACAUGGUGUCAUUGGAGAGCCCUGAGGGGCAGAGACAGGUCGUGGAUCCAAAUGUUCUAGCAACCUGCUCACAAGAAUCCUUAUCAGUUGCGAUCUCGAUUACCAGCAAGUGCAUUUCUCUCAACUCCUCGAACCGUCCAUCUUUCGAGGAUAUCCUCUGGAAUUUACAGUAUGCAGCUCAAAUUCAGGCUAAUGCUGAUGGUGACCACAGAUUUGAGACAAUGGAACAACCAUAACAUGUAAAACAUAUUUUCAUGUUAUUGUUCAACACAAGCUUUACUACAACUCUUUCUUAGGAUCUUGGCUUUACCACAACUCUUUCUUAGGAUCUUGCUUCUUGUAACUGGUUUCUUUGAGCCAGCAUGGUAUAUAUAUCUAGGCCAAGUUUGGUAUUCAUAUGGCA